UGCGUGGGUGGUGGCGCGGCAGCGGGGUGGCAGCGGGGUGCGGACUGCGAGAGUGCUGUGCAUGGACUGUGGCGCUGGCUAUGGCGGGAUCUUUGUCACGUUGUUUGGCGGAGGAGGAGCGGGAGGAGGAGCAGGAGGAGGAGAGGGAGGAGGAGCGGGAGGAGCGGGAGGAGGGAUGGGAAAAGGAGCGGGAAAAGGAGGAGCGGGAGCAGGUGCGGGAGAAAGAGCGGGAGGGGAAAUGGGAAGGGGCGCAGGAGCCGCGGGAGGAGGAGCUGGAGAAGGAGGAGCGGCAGGGGAAACGGGGAGGGGGUUAGGAGCGGAAGAAGGAGCACGAGGAGAAACGGGAAGGGGCGGAGGAGGCGAGGGAGGAGGGGCGGUAGAAGGAGCGGGAGGAGGAGCGGGAGAGAAAAUGGGGAGAGAGAGAGAGAGAGAGAGAGAGAGAGAGAGAGAGAGAGAGAGAGAGAGAGAGAGAGAGAGAGAGAGAGUUUUCCAUCGACACACCGGCGAACGGGUAAGUCUCCAACCCCUCGGCUGGCCACACGCUACUUGCAUUAAUAGGAUCAGCAAAAUCAAUCCGCUAGGACAUG